GUGAAGAGCCGUGGAAUCCAUUCAUCAGGGAAGCCUUUCACCGGUGGGCCAGAUGGAAAGGACUUUUAGGCCACUGUGGGCCUUUUUCAGCACCAGCUCACUCCCAAAGUGGUACUAAGUAUACACAGCAGUACUGAGUGUGAGGAGGCCUCCCACAACAGAAAAAGUGCUUACAAGUGUGAAUGCGGGAAAUCCUUCCGCCGGAAACAUAUACACUUGUUCAGCACCAAAGAAUCCACACUGGAGAAGGACUGUACGAGGGCGGUGAAUGUGGGAAAUCCUUCAGCUACAAGCACACAUUUGUUCAACACAAGACAGUUCACACUGGUGAAAGCCCUUUUGAGUGCAGUGAAUGUGGGAAGGCCUUCCGGUUCAGAUAUGAACUUUUUCAGCACCAGAAUAUUCACACUGGAGAAAGGCCUCAUGAAUGUGGCGAAUAUGGGAAAGCUUCUGGGUGCAAAUCCAAACUUGUUCAGCACCAGAGAAUUCACACUGGAGUGAGGCCUUAGAAGUGUGUCAACUGUGGCAAAUUCUUUAGACAAAAUUCCAGCCUUGUUCAUCCAGAGAAUUCACAGAGGGCAAGGCCUUAUGAAUGUGGUGAAUGUGAGAAAUCUUUGCCAAAGCGCCAGCCUUAUUCAGCACUGCAGAGUUCACACUGGAGAAGGGCCAUAUGAAUGCAGCGACUGUGGGAAAUCCUUUAGCCAAAGCUUCAGCCUCAUUCUACAUCGGAGAAUUCACACUGCAGAAAGGCCUUAUGAAUGCAGUGAAUGUGGAAAGUCAUUUAGCCAAAACUACAGCCUCAUUCAACACCAUAAACUUCACACUAGAAAAAGUUCUCAAGAGGGCAGCCACCAUGAGAAAACGUUCAGUCAACACCAAAAUUUCACAACUCAGAGAGUGGCCAGAGGGGUUCCCCUUAGCACCAUCUGCCUUCUCAGUCUCUUCCAGGCCAUUAAGCUCAACCCCAAAACCUCUAAGUGGAGAGAGCUCAAGAUUAGAUUCCCAGUGUGCACUGGCUUCUGCUGUUUUCUCUGCUGGAUCCUGCAUCUCCUGUUAAACAUCAUUAACGCCAUGAAUGUUACUGCACCAAGGAAGAGCACAAACAUGAGUAUGCGGGGAAGUUAUGGCUAUGGUAAUUCACCCGUACCAAACAAAUCUGUAGUCCCACUGCAUGCAUCUGUGUUCGUUUUCAUUGAUGUUACGUGUUUGGGCCUCGUGGCCUGGGCAGGUGACUCCAUGGUCCUUGUCCUGCACGGGCACAAGCAGUGAGUCCAGCACCUUCACAGCAAUAGCCUCUCCCCCAGACCUUCGCGUGAAGCCAGAGCCACACGCAUCAUCCUGAUCCUGGUGCAUCUUCUUUUCUCUUCUCUCCUCCAUUUUGUGUUUUUUGGUAACACUGAUUGUAAACCCAAGCCACUCACUUAUGAACACCUCUGCAGUACUGUCUUCCAGAUUCCCAACAUUCAGCCCCUUCUGCUCAUUGGCAUCAAUACCAGUGACUCUCACUUCCACUCUGCCUUCUGCUGAAAAGAGUAAUUUUCCCAAGUGUGGUCUCUGGACAGUAAGUUCCAAGACAUCCUAUUAUGGUUCGUAGGCUUGUGUCUUAUGCCAGGUAAUCUGUCACCACAUUGGGAUUCAGUAUGGAGUGACAGCAAAAAUAAACCCUGGCUUUCCACUGCUUAUAAGAUUGCCGGAAAUGAACAUGGAGUAAAUGACUCAGUGAUGACUUUCUAAAAUUAUAUAAUGCUGGUCACUGGAGAACAUCAGGCAAUAAAGAUCAUGACCUAUGGGAACACUGUCAGUGUUUGGGAGUUCUGGAGUGGAAACUCACUGUUGAUUCAGACUUUGAAAUGACAUCCAAAAGAUGUAUUUGCAUUAUCAAAGCAGAGUAAGUGAAAGGUGUUUCACGUGCAAAUAAAAUGACCUGGAAAUACCCUGAAUUGGCAGGGCACAGGUGGACUUCAAAGAAUUGGAGGAAGUUCAUGGCAUUUGACAAACAGUAUAUGGUAUAUAGUGUGGUGAGAAAGGAAAGUAGGUGAUAUCUGUGGGGUUUGGGGACAAGAGGCCCCAUAUUGAGCCAAGGGGGCUCCAGUCACAAGACAUCUACCUGUGCCCUAAUCACUCAAGUCAGGAAGACAUAGAUCAGAAAACACAAAGAACAUUCCUCUCCCAACAUGUAAAGUAAUAAAUAGCAUGGGAGCCAGCUUCUGUGGGGUCCACGGACAUCUGGCAGAUUCCUGCUCCAAGGCCCGUCAAGACACCUGGCUGCUGGCCCUUGAAGACAAAUCAAAACAACCCCCCCCAUCUUUCUUAAUAUAUGCUUGCCUUAGCUGAGAUAAUGGUCAUCUAUACAAUGCCAGGAAGCCUGGAAGCCUGACCCAGAACCGGGCAUGACCCCCUACCAAAAUCCCUAGCCCUACCCUUCACAACCCCUCUCUCCCCGGUUAACUCCGCAUCAUUCAGAGAAAUGUGCACAUGUGCAUCCUGCGACCCUCUUUGUGCCUGAUGUCGUGUAAGCACGAGUUAAAGUUUAUCCUGUCUUACAAAAGACCUCAGCAACCGGCCCCCGGCGUGCACACAGGCACCCCUGGUCUGUGUGGCCACUGUUGUCUGUGACAGUGUACCUAAUAAACCCCUUUUCUAUUUUCAUCCUUUGUCUUUGGUAAGUUCUUUUCCCACUGGCCUGCCAGACCCCACGACAACAUCUUUUUCUGGUGGGUGUUGGCAGUCACAUCAGUGAUCACAGCUUUUCAUAGGAGAGAUCAUAGAUCUCUGAGAUUUGUGUCUACUUGGUGAAAUAAUCAAAAUCGUGUAUGAUAAAAAAACUCAAUUUAAAUUUAUUGUACUUUAUAGUUUACUACUUUUAUGUUAGUUUGUAAUAUUUUUUCAUUUUAAAAAAAUAGUUAAAUAAUGCAUUUCCUAAUUACUGAUAUUGAGGGGUCAGAUCUGACAAAGGGUCUCCUUGACCAAACUUCAGUCAGGUUCCCCUGAACGCUCUUCCCGACUAGGCCUGCACUUUCGGACUUCCUUGCCCAUCUUUUGUCACUAAGUCACCUUUAUAAGUUAAGACCCAGGCACAAAUCCAACUCCCUUCGCUGUGUAGUAUUACAUGUCAUUUCCUCACUUCCCCGUGCCCUCACCUCCUCUCCUUCCUUUCGUGCCUGUCACGUUCUAACAGUGUAUAUAAUUCUGUAUUUUUUUUCGUAUUUCUUCCUCUGUUGCGUACAGGGUAAGCUCCCUGAUGGCUGGGAUCAUCGUCUCGUUUUCACACUGGUUCCUCGCACUUAAGGCAGUGCCUGAAAUGCAGUAGGAGUUCGCUGAAUACUUGCUAGAACGGUGAAUAAGCAUGACACUACAGUAUCUCUGCUCGUCUCCGCCGUCCGUCAGCCACUGUCCUGGCCCACAAAAGCAUGUGUAAUGGUUCUUUCCAGACAGGCGGCCUAUCCUUGAAAGGAAAUAAAUACACCUCAGCUCUUAGGCUAAGAAUGUCAUCUGCACCAAAGAGUGCCGCUCCCUGGGUUGUACGCGGUCGGUGGCCUUGACCUCCUGCCUCAAAAUCACCCCACCCCAGUCCUCCCAGCCCCUGUCCGGAGCCCUUCCGGGAAAGCAGCCUCCGUCCGAGGCGAGCUCGUGCGCCCCUCGCCGCAGGGCGCCCGCACCGUGCCUUGCCCGCGCCGGGACCCGCCACUUCAGCGGGGGCUCGCGAGACCGGCUGAAAGCGUCCUUCCGUCCGUCCGUAGUUUUUAAAAAGGAAGUAUGCGUGGACUCGAAGUGACACCUGACGUGCGGCGUCCACCAGGUGCCGUGGCUUCGGGACUAUCUGGGAGAGCGCUUCUAAGCGGCGCCACGGUCCCGGCGGAGCCUCGAGGCCCGCUUCCCAGCGCCCCUUGCGGUACCUCGGCCUCAGCCCAGGCCGCGAGGGCUCCGCGGGAACCACAUUACCCAGACGCCCCUGCGCCGCGAGCGGCGGCUCCGUUAAAGGGCGCUUCCGUGCGUGCGGAGGUCGUCCGGGAGGGACUUCCGGCGUCUUCCUCGCGGCGGACAUUUUGUCGGCUCUUGGUCGAGCCGUCAGAACGGACUCUCGGGAACUGGGGUUCCGUUCAGAGGUGACGGAAAGCGAGAAGAUUUGGGAGGAGACCCUGCCCCCGAUUCCUAGAGCCCCAGCGGCGGCAGCGCCCGCGAGCAUUCCGCCACCAGGGCCGAGCGACGGCGGUGCCCGGGUCCCGGCCUGGGCCCCCUCCCGCCCCAUGUGCCCCGACUUUGAAUGCGGCGGCGGCGGCGGCGGCGGCUGUGAGGGACCCGGCGUAGGUGGGUGCUCGUUCCCCGGAACUCGACGCGUCCCGCCCCCGUCUCCGGGUCGUGGGCCUCCGAGUGAGCCGUGCCUGUUGAGGUAGUUGGCAUGGAGUGGAGAAUGAAAAGGCACCUCCCGCGCAGAGCAUUUCUGUGUGAGUGACACGUGCUCAUACGUCCAAGGCAGGUGCGUCAGCCCAGAUGGCUCACCCUUGUGAGUUAUGUGGCCCCGUCUUGAAAGAUAUUUUGCACCUGGAUGAACACCAGGAAGCACACCAUGGACUGAAACCUUAUACUUGUGGGGCGUGUGGGAGACAGUUCUGGUUCAGCGCAAACCUUGAUCAGCACCAAAAGCUGUACAGUGUAGAGAGACUCUUAAAAGGAGACAAAGGCAAGACCUCGUUUGUGAAGAACUACAGAGUUUGUGAAGAACCUCUCCUGCAAGAGAAGCCCUUUGCGUGUGAGCAGGAGCAGAACUUGCAGGCUGGUUUGGGCAGUCACCAGCAAAAGGCCACCCGCAGCAGAAGGAAGACAAGGAGCACUGAGAGCGAGGAGGCCUUUCACGCCGGCCAAGUGCAUUACAAGUGCAGUCAGUGUGCGAAAGCUUUCAGCCGCAAAGACACACUUGUCCAGCACCAGAGAAUCCACACUGGAGAAAGGCCUUACGACUGCAGCGAAUGUGGGAAAGCCUUUAGCCGCAAAGCCACACUUGUCCAGCACCAGAGAAUCCACACUGGAGAAAGGCCGUAUGCAUGCAGCGAAUGUGGGAAAACCUUUAGCCGCAAAGACAACCUUACUCAGCAUAAAAGAAUUCACACUGGAGAGAUGCCUUAUAAGUGUGGCGAGUGUGGGAAGUACUUCAGCCAUCACUCCAACCUCAUUGUCCACCAGAGAGUUCACAAUGGAGCAAGACCUUAUAAAUGCAACGAUUGCGGGAAAGUCUUCAGACACAAAUCCACGCUUGUUCAGCAUGAGAGUAUCCAUACUGGAGAAAAUCCUUAUGUUUGCAGUGACUGUGGGAAGUCCUUUGGCCACAAAUACACCCUCAUUAAACACCAGAGAAUUCAUACUGAGUCAAGACCUUUUGAAUGCAUCGAAUGUGGGAAAUUCUUUAGUCGCAGCUCUGACUUUAUUGCACACCAGAGAGUUCACACAGGUGAGAGGCCUUUUGUGUGCAGCAAAUGUGGGAAAGAUUUCAUCAGAACCUCCCACCUUGUUCGGCACCAAAAAGUCCACACUGGAGAAAGGCCAUAUGAGUGCAGUGAGUGUGGGAAGUCGUACAGCUUAAGCUCCCACCUCAUCAGGCACCAGAAGGUUCACGCUGCCGGAAGGCUUUAGGGGCGCCUCCAGCACAGCAGGGCCGCGGAAGGGAUUACCCUUCAAGAGGGAGCCGUCGAUCAGAUGUUGAGCUUCAUACGUCUGAACCUCGACACGGGAGACCCGAGGGCCAGGCACAGGGGAGACCCACUCAGGUCCCUUGCCUCGUUUGUCAGUGUCGGUGCCCGUGCCUGGAACCAUUUCAGCCUGACCAGCUUAGUUAUCCUGAUAUCCUCAGCGGAGGCGGAACUUUGUACUCCCUCCAGUCCCUGGAGGGAAGUAUAAGAAAUGUGAGUUAAUGGGGGUCCGUGUUUCCUCCGCUCUGGAAGACGUGUGGACAUGGCCCAUCUAGAACCAAGAGGUCCUGAGCUGUGUACUGGUAGCAGAAAAGCUUUACUUCGUGGACGCUGUUGGUCUCACAUGACACUUGGGACAGACUGUUCCAGCCUGCAGGGCACCCAGCCUGGGUCACUGCUUGUCUCAUGUUGCUCUGGUUUGUGUGCGAAUAAAGACUUCGUUAUCUAAGCCGCCUU